AACACUGCUCCUCAUUUGGUUGUUCGAUGAAAUGAUCUUUAAUUUGCACUAAUAAAUUUGUAGCGAAAUUUGAGUAUCCCGGCCAUACGAACUUUCGUCCAUUCAACAAUUAGCACAUUCGUACGAUUGACCGUAAUCCCAACUUUGAGGUUAUGUUCACGGGAAGACUAUUUCGCACAGUUUUUUCCCCGAAUUAGGAAGCCAAAAAUGUCCUGUGGGUUAGUGGAAGCCCCCAUCAAAAUCCACGACUGUAAAGUGUGCCCCUACGUCACGUCGUCCCCUUUUCUCAUGCUCAACCACGUCAAGCGUCACCACUCAACUCUAACCCCAUUCAACUGCGAAAAUGCGACCAUUGAAACCUACUUCUGCAAGGAAUGUGACUUCCAUACGGAACUGACAAUCACUUUCAAACAACAUGUACAACGUCACACUAUUGUAAAACAACCUUUAUCAAAGGAGGAAUACACCAUUAAGAAUUUUAUUUGUGAAAAGUGCAACUUUGAAACCCACUUUUUGAUCAAGUGGCUGCGACACACCAUCACGUGCGACAAUAAAUGUGACCAGUGCGCUUAUAAAGGUAAAUACAAACACGACUUAAGAAGACACAAAAUCAUGAAACAUUUAACCGAAAACGAAAUACGUUGGUACCACUGCGACAAGUGUCCAUACAAAUCUAAACUGAAGUGUCGCUUAAAGUCGCACGUUUACAAUCAACACACUGAUGACACCAACAUCAAAUGGUACGAAUGCCAAAACUGCCCCUUUAAAACCAAGCAAGUAAUCAAUUUACGAAAGCACAUAAUUUCGCACCAUUUGGACGAAACGGAGGUCCAGUGGUACGAAUGCAAGGACUGCCCAUACAAAGCCAAACAAAUCGUUAAUUUAAAAAGCCACAUAAACACGCACCAUUUGGACGACAAGGACGUGAAAUGGUACGAAUGCAAAGACUGUCCAUACAAAGCGCGAAAACUCGCGUAUUUAAAAAACCACAUAAAUUCGCGCCAUAAGGACGAAAAGGACGUGAAGUGGCACGAAUGCGACCAAUGCUCCUACAAAGCCAAAGAAAGCUCCACGCUGAAAAACCACAUAAACGCGCGCCAUCUAGACGAAAAAGACGCCAAGUGGUACAAAUGUGACACAUGCUCGUACAAAGCUAAAUACAAAGCGUCGUUAAACAGCCACUUGAAUUUGUACCAUUUAGACGACAAAGAAGUGCAGUGGUACGAAUGCAAAGAAUGCCCGUUCAAAACCAAAGUAAAAAUGACUUUGAGAGGACAUAUAAACUCGCACCAUUUGGACGCCCAACACAUUAAAUGGUACCAAUGUAAAGACUGCCCUUACAAAACCAAAUUCCGGUCAAGCCUAAAAAUGCAUAUAAACGCGCGCCAUUUGGACGAACAACACGUUAAAUGGUACGCGUGCCAACACUGCCCAUACAAAGCUAAACAAAAUACCAAUUUAAAAAAACACAUAAGCAUUCACCAUUUGGACGCGCAGGGGGUUUGGCACGAGUGUAAGCAAUGCCCGUUCAAAACCAAAGUAAAAUGCCAGUUGGAGCGGCACAUUAACGGGUACCAUUUAGACGAGAAGGACAUCAGGUGGCAUUUAUGUGAAAAGUGUUCGUAUAAAACUAAGGAAAAACACUUAUUGAAUAGACAUAUUACCACUCAACAUUUGGAUUUGGAGGAUAUUAAAUGGUACGAAUGCCAGCAGUGCCCAUACAAAGCUAAACUGAAAUAUAGCUUGAAAAAGCACAUGAUCAGGCGACAUUUUGAGGAGCGGGACAUCAAGUGGUUCGAGUGCCAGAUGUGUUCGUACAAAGCUAAAGACAAUUCGAACUUAAAAAGUCACAUAAAUGCGCACCAUUUAGACGAGAAGGACAUGAAGUGGUACGAGUGUGUAAUGUGCCCGUAUAAAGCUAAACAAAACUGCCAGUUAAAAAAUCACGUAACGAAGCACCAUUUAAACGUUUAGUGUAUUGAAUGUUGAUUCAGAUUAAUUUAUUUAUUUUUGUUGUUGUGUCUGUAAAGUAUCAAACAUUGUUAAUAACU